AUGGACAUUGACGAGCCCUCAAACGGAGCUGGACCCUCAAAGUCCCGACAGGGCUCACGGACUAUUUACAUACCUGAAACGACCAAUUAUCAGGCAACGGUCCAACAGCCGUUCGAUUAUCAUUCGCUGGACGGGACAGAUCCGGCCAUCUGCAUAGAUAAUGGAUCCCAUUCGUGGCGAGCUGGAUUCUCCAGCAUGUCGACACCGUACAUAGACCGGCUGAACGUGGUGUCGAGGUACAAGGAGCGCAAGCAGAAUCGAAACAUUCUCUUAUUCGGACAAGAUACGGAUGCAGAUGCUAGCUCGCGAGCCAAUAUCAGGAGCAUGUUUGACGGGGAUCUCUUGAUUCAUGGGGAUAUUUUGGAGAAUGCUCUUGACUAUACAUUUCUGACUCUCGGGAUUGACUCGACAAGGAUAGAGCAACCUAUCGUCAUGACUGAACGACUGGCCAAUCCACUAUUCACUCGAGCAAUGACUUCGGAAAUGCUGUUUGAGCUAUAUAAUUGUCCAUCAGUGACCUUUGGUAUCGACUCCCUCUUUGCUUUUUCACAAAGCGCGCAUCCGGACGGUCUGGCUAUCAGCCUGGGACACAACGCAACGACCAUCAUCCCGGUCUGCAAUGGCAAAGGACUCCUCAGUAGGGCAAAGAGAAUACCUUGGGGAGGGGCGCAAGCUGCUGAAACUCUACUUCGACUGGCGCAGCUCAAGUACCCUGGAUUCCCGGUCAAAGUUACAUCUUCUCAGGCGACCUUCAUGUACCAUGAGACUUGUUACUUCGCCAGUAACUACGAAGAGGAGCUUCGCUUGCUGGAGAGCCCAGAGAAUAUGGCGAAGAUGUCUACCGUUGUCCAGUUUCCGUACGCGCAGCCCGACGUGGUGGAAAAGACCGACGCAGAGAUUGCUGCUGCUCUCGACCGGCGGCGAGAGCAGGGAAAACGAUUACAGGAAAUGCAAGCGAAGCAGAGGGCCGAAAAGCUUGCUGCGAAAAUGGUAGAAUUGGAAGACUACAAACAAUUACUUGCUGAGCGACCCACUCUCAAACGCGCCGACUUCGUCAAUCGCCUGCAAGAGCUCACUCCGUUUGAGAGCGAGGCUGAGAUGGAAUCCUGGAUCAAAAAGACUGAAAGUGAUAUCCGUCGGAAGCAGAAGAAGGAAGCUGGCGAGGAUAUCGAGCCUGAGGAAGAGCCAGUCUUCCCCUUGGUCGACAGACCGGAUGAAGAGUUGACGGAAGAGGAAGUCAAGGAGAAGAGGCGGCAAAAGUUGAUGAAGGCGGGCUGGGAAACUAGGGUCAAGGCAAGGGAGGAAAAGAAGAAGGAGCAGGCGAAGAAGGACGAGGAGAAGCGUCAAGAGGAAUCAGAGAGAGCCACUGACCUUACUGGAUGGGCCAACAAGCUCCGUGCAGAGCAAGACGCCGUGAUCAACCGUAUUGCGGAUCGCAAGAAGCGCCGCGCUCAGCUUGGCAAUCGAAAAUCCGUUGCUAGUCAGAGUCGUAUGAAGAGUCUAGCCAACCUCGCAGCGGACGACACGAACAAGAAGAGAAAGAAGAACGGCGAUGAUGAUGACGGUUUCGGAAUGGAUGAUUCAGAUUGGAUGGUGUAUCGCGAGAUUAGCGGUGAAGACGAGUCGGAGGCAGAGGAGGAGGAUCAGUCCCAACUCCAGUCCAUCGAGACUCGCUUGCUUCAGUUUGACCCGACAUUCACGGAAGAAGACACGAUGCAAGGUCAGGCUCACGCCAAGAAUGCCUUGGUCAACGCUUUUGUGCGCGGAGGUUCAAACGGCCGAUACGAGCCCGAAGACUUGAAGCAGAGUCAUCAAUUGCAUCUCAAUGUCGAGAGGAUCCGUGUACCGGAGACAUGGUUUCAACCUAGCAUGUUUGGAGUGGAUUGUGCUGGCGUGGGAGAGAACAGCGGAUGGUUGCUGAAUGGCUUUGAAGAGGAGCAAAGGAAACGGAUGAUGCAGGGAAUAUUCCUCACUGGUGGAUCUUCGGUCAUCUCUGGCUUACAUACACGGCUUCGCAACACCUUGACCCCUUUACUCCCAUUCCGUGCUCCACUCAAGAUACUCUCCUCGCCAGACAAAGAUCCUCGAUUGGACGCGUGGAAAGGUAUUGCGCUGUGGAGCCGAACGGAGCAAGCGAAGAGUGCUAGAAUUACUAGAGCAGAGUACGAAGAGUUUGGUGGAGAAUGGGUGAAAGAGCAUCCCUGGGGCAACGCUCCGUUGUAG